AUUCUUAACCCUGCCGACUCCGCUGCUCUCUCGAUCGGUGCCGAGAGCUGUGCGUUAGGGUUUGCGCGGCGUCCUUUCUCACCGCCGCCGUAGUCGAUCCUCACAAAGGCUGUGUAAAAAAUGGUGAGAGUCAGUGUCUUGAAUGAUGCUUUGAAGAGCAUGUAUAAUGCUGAGAAGCGCGGGAAGCGGCAGGUCAUGAUAAGACCAUCGUCAAAAGUGAUAAUCAAGUUUCUACUUGUUAUGCAGAAGCAUGGCUACAUCGGGGAGUUUGAAUACGUAGAUGACCACCGAGCUGGUAAGAUAGUGGUAGAACUGAAUGGGAGGCUGAACAAAUGUGGUGUUAUUAGUCCUCGCUUUGAUGUGGGUGUUAAAGAAAUUGAGCCGUGGACUGCCAGGCUACUUCCAUCUCGUCAGUUUGGUUACAUUGUUUUGACUACCUCUGCCGGUAUCAUGGAUCAUGAAGAAGCCAGGAGGAAGAAUGUAGGUGGUAAAGUACUUGGAUUCUUUUACUAGACCAGAUGAUCUAUCUCUAUUGGAGGAUUGAGAGUUGCGGUGCCGUGGUUCUGUCGGAAUUUUUGAAGUGGAUAAUUGGAGCAUUUUUGCUAUCCUUUUUUAUAUGAUUUGUAUUAGACUUAAAAAUCAACUAGAGAUGUUUUUAUUUGAAGUUCUGUUCCUUAUGAUUACUCUGGAUUCUCGUGAAAUCUAUUCUAGUUUUUGUCUGUCAAAACACGAA